AUGGCUGGUGAGAAGAUGGAGAUGGGUGAAGUCGAGGCAUCUCUUAUGUCUUCAGAGUCUAAGCCGCCUGCAGCCAGACCUCCUAACAAAUUUGAGAGGUUAUUUCAGCCCUGUCUGGCGGAGCUGGUGGGAACUACUUUCUUUGUGUUUAUCGGGUGUGUGUCGGUCAUAGAGAAUGUGGAGUCUGCAGGGAGGCUUCAGCCAGCUCUGGUGCACGGCCUGGCUGUAGCCGUCAUGGUGGCUUGCAUGGCUGAAAUCAGUGGAUCCCAUUUCAACCCGCCAUUCACCCUGGCCAUCUAUCUCUGUGGGGGGAUGGAAUUGAAUAUGGUGGUCCCGUAUCUUGCCUCUCAGUUGGUCGGAGGGGUGCUUGGAGCUGCUAUGGCGAAGGGGAUGACCUCGAGAGAGAACUUCGCCAAAGCCCACGGGGCUGCGUUUGCUCUGCUGCAGCCAGACAGUAAUAUAGGGGGAGCUGUGUUUGGAGAGGUCGCCAUGACCUGCCUGGUCACCAUGGUGGUGCUGCUGGGGGCCGUCAACACCAAGACUAGAAGCCCCUUGGUGCCAUUUAUGGUGGGCUGCACUGUUAUCAUCAACAUAUUGGCUGGUGGAGAUGUAUCCGGCACCUGUCUGAACCCAGCCAGAGCCUUCGGUCCAGCCAUAGUGAGCAACUACUGGGUUUAUCACUGGGUCUACUGGGUGGGACCCAUCGCAGGAGGUCUAAUAGCAGCCGCACUGGUUCGAGUGCUACUUGGAGACAGGAAGAUUCGACUUAUUCUGAAAUGA